UUAUUUAAUUGUGUACCAACUUCUUCAGCACAGGAGAUUAAAGAGAAGCUUUAAGAAGAGUGAGAGGCUGAGAGGAGCGUAGUGACCGUCCACCUCAGACCAUAGCAUGAGCUGGUGUAAUUCCAGCUGAUGUAUUUAAACGUGUUCAUAUCAAGCACACACUGACCAACACAAAAUAUGUUAGUUUAUGUGAAGAUAUUAUUAAUUGUUGCCAUGACAACCCAAACUGAAGCACCAUGCCCAUGGUCUGGUACCUGCAGCUGCUCGUCAUCUAGCAUGUCAAACCAGCAGGCAAAGCAAGUCGAGCCGAAAUACACGGUCAACUGCACUCACAAGCAACUUCCAGCCAUCCCUCCUAGCUCAGGAAACCCAGCAUCCCUCACAUACGAACUCAUCGACUUUUCUCACAAUAACAUCACUUCCAUACAAGAUGGUGCUUUUCAAGAACUGACUACAGCACAGCGGAUAGUCCGCUUGUCUCUGACACACAACCAGAUCAGCUACAUCCACAGAAAUGCUUUCUUUGUCUUGAAGUACAAGUUGGAUUACCUGUUCCUGGACUAUAACCAUCUGACUACAGUCCCUGGAGAAGCAGUGCGUUAUCUAGCUGCUCUGUCAGAGCUCCACCUAUCCUUCAACAAAAUCAACACCUUCCCUGCGAUGACAUUUCAGGGCUACAUGGAGAGCCUGGAGGAGCUGAAACUCCAAAACAACCAGCUGACCUCUCUUCCAACCAACGCACUUCUGGGUCUUCCUAACAUCUUCCGUGUCCUGGACCUCAGAUAUAACAAUAUAGAUACCCUCAACAUUUGUACUCUUGCUGGUUUUCCUAACUUACAGUAUGUGAAAAUGGAUGGCAAUCAGUUAUCAUGCACCUGUGAUCUCAAGUGGAUGACAGACAGAGAAGUAAAGCUCCAGAUUUCAGCGUCUACCCCAGUCUACUGCAGCCAGGGGAAAGAUAACAGGGUUCUACCUGAAAGUCUUCAGUGUGGCACUCCACCUAACUGUGGCUACUCAUCUAAACCUGCAGCCACAAUGAAUCAAACAACUACAACUACAACUUCUGCUACAGUGGCAAACGACAAAAAUUCAACAAUGGAAAAUCAAGACAACACAGUGGUAAUAGUUGCCAUUGUGGUGGUGAUUGGAGUUGUGAUCAUUGCCGUUAUUGUGGCAGUUGUAGUCAUUUGCUGGAUGAGACACAAACAGCACACCAUGACUAAUAUAGGUCAAGGCCAAAUGGGAAUAGGUGGUCAAGGACAUGACCCACUCAAAAGUGAAGGUCACCAGAUGAGCAUGCCAAAUUCCAUGGCCAAUGGAACAGAGCAUUUAGGGGGUGAACCAGGAUACGAGCCACCAGUCCUCCAUGCUGCUUCUCACCAGCACAUCUAUACACAGCUCCGUACCCUGCCCCCUACGCCAGUUAAUAACGAGACAGGAGAGGCUCAGUAUGAGGUAAUGCAUCCACCUGAUCACCCUGUGUAUCAGAACAAUUAUAGCUACUGUGAUGAUGUGAACGCCACUGCUCCUCAAACACAGAAUACACCAGAAUACUUGGAGCUGUUGCAGUAACUGGAUGGUAUACAUCCUGGGCAAUAACUUACUUUUCCACAUGCUGUCUUUCUAUGCACAAUUAUACAAAGUCUUAACUUACCGUAAAGCAAUCUACUUGCUGA